UCCCUCUUCUGCCGCGGGUGUUCUCGGGGCAGGGGAAGGUGAUAAAUGACUGGGGGUGGGCGGGAUGUCUGUACCUGGUACCAACACAUCUGCCCGCGGCUAAGGAGGUCCGGGAGCGUCACUGCCAGGGGGAAAUGCAGGGAGAUAAGGGGGAGGGGAGGCUGGAGGCGCCUGGCAGAGGUGUCCAGUGCCCGGCUGGCGCGGGAGGUGGCUAGUUGGAUGGGCAGAGAGUUUGGGAGACCCUCUGAGCCUCGUCCCCAGGGCUGCUGGGGACCGGUGAUGCUGCAAGUGGGGCCCAAACCCGGCUGCAGCGGCAGGAGGUGAUCGGGACACGCUGGGAAGUGAGGGACACGUUGGAAGGUGGUCGGGACACGCUGGGAAGUGAGGGACACGUUGGAAGGUGGUCGGGACACGCUGGGAAGUGACGGACACGUUGGAAGGUGGUCGGGACACGCUGGGAAGUGACGGACACGUUGGAAGGUGGUCGGGACACGCUGGGAAGUGACGGACACGUUGGAAGGUGGUCGGGACACGCUGGGAAGUGACGGACACGGGCAGUUCCAGCAGCCCCCGGCCCGUCCGCGUGCCGGGGCCGCUCCUCCCUCAUGGCAGCAAAGCAGAUCCCACGCCCCCGAGGGCUUCUCUCCACCCCUCUCCCUCUCCUGGGACAGGGGCCAGGACGUGGGCUCCUUCCCACCCCUCUCCCUCUCCUGGGACAGGGGCCAGGACGUUCUUCGGGCAGGAUGUUCCCCCCGCCGGGCUGCAGGAGGGGCUUCCCCAGGGAGCCCUGCCCGUGGGGGGAUGGAGCAGGAGCAGGGCCGUGCCCCCCUCACGGCCCCGAGGACGCCUGGGAUGAGCCGCCCUGGAAGCACCGGCGCAGGAGGGGCCGGGGCGGAUGGUUCCGGCCCAGCCCCAGGGACCCCAGACCCUUCCCUGGCCCUGAUGGCAUCCCUUGGAACGCGGAGGAGGAGGAGGACAGGAUAUGGGCACCCCAUGACUAUCCCCCAGCACCCCCCUGGGAUGACAGAGAAGAAAUCCGAGGGCCUGUGGAUGACUUUGGAGAGGGCUGGAACCCGCAUCAUCCCAGGGGUCCCAGACCCUUCCCUGGCCCUGAUGGCAUCCCUUGGAACGGGGAGGAGGAGGACAGGAUAUGGGCACCCCACGACUACCCCCCGCCCCCCUGGGAUGGCAGAGGACCUCAGGAGGACUUCACACAGGACUGGUUCCUGGAGUGGCAGCCUGGCCCCUGUCCUGAACCCCCCCUGGAGGAGGAGCAGCCCCCACCCUGGCAUCCUGCUGGCCCACCAGGGAGACGAGGGGGGUUCCAUGGCGGGGGCCCCCCCUGGGACUGUGACCCCCCCUGGGACUGUGACCCCCCCAGGGGGAGACACGGCCGACGCCUUCGCAGGAGCCACCGGGAGCUGACCCCGAUCCCGUGUGGGUGGGGUCCCAGACCCCCCAGAGGGCACAAACCACCCUCCAGGGCCUCUCCUCCCCGCCCCAAGACGAGCCAGCCGGUGGCCAGGAAAGAGCUGCAGCCCCCUGAUCCUCCCCAGCCACCCGCGUCCCCCCAGGGGCCUGUGGAGAGGCCGGAACAGAGCCAGGACCUGCCAGAGGGGAGUGGGGAGGUCCCCAAGACCCCUGAGCCAGCCAGGACCCCUCCGAGGAGCCCGGCCACUGAUCCCUGCGCUGCGGGGCCGGAGCAGGCGGCUCCGGGGACACCGGAUGAGCCAGGAGCUGAGCAGACACCUCUGGGCAGCCAGGACCAGGAUCCCUGUGCUUUGGGAGCGGAGCCAAUCCCACUGGAGGAGAACUCUGCCAGGGCAGGGGAGCACCUCAAGGUAGAGCGGGGCAGUCCAGCUGUCCCCGAGGCUGGCACAGGUGAUGGGCCACAUCCCCACAGCCCAGCAGCCCCUCUGGAUCCCACUGAGAGGGAACAGCCGGCAUCCAGCGGCUCUGCAGAGGUGGGUGCUGAGCUGAGCCCACAUUCCCGGGGAGAGCAGCGUUUGCCAAGUGGAGCUGGAGAAGCUGAGGCAGAAGCUGCCCACGAUGGGGUGGGUCUCAGAGCAUGGGGCAGCUCUGUGGCGUGUCCCCCUCCCCAGCUUCUCGAGAGCCUUCAGCCACCUGAAAACUCUCAGGUCCCGCCAGGACCUGCAGCAGAAGCUGAUGCAGAGCCCAGCCAGGCUUGUCCUGAUCCCUGCACCUCACCAAGGACCUCACCGGAGCCCCAGCACUCUCCUGGCUCCAGUGAGACAAACCUGGCAGGGGAUGGACAGCAGCAGCUCUGCUUCAGGCUCCCGACACCCUCCCCAUCCCGCCUGGAUCUCCGCUCCGCCGCCGUCCUCGCCAGGAAGGCGGCCAUCGAGCUGUCGUACCAGCAGUUCAGCCUCAACUUCGCGGUGGUGGCCACGAUGCUGCUGCAGAAGGAGCCCUCCAUGGAGGCACCCCUGGGGCUGGCACUCAGGGCCAACCUGCGCCAGGGCUGGAUCCACCACGUGCAGGAGCUGGAGAAUUUCAUCGACAGCUACGACUCAGCCACCUCCAGCCCCUGAGGAGACACCCCCUCCUCCAGCCGGGCUGGGAGGGAUGGGGGGCUGUGCCAGGGCACUGCCGUGCUCAGGUGGUGCUGAGCCUGCGGGUCAGAGUGGCAUGGACAUGUUGGCAGUCCCACCAUAUCUCUUGGAGAGGGAGGAAGGUGGGGGUAUGCUUAGUUUUAACCCUGCCCAAACCUCUGUGUGCAGCCAAAGGAGGAGCUGGUGUUACUGGCUGGUGGUGGGAGGGAGAGAGAGCAGCAGCCCCUCUCCUCCAUCCAGGCUCCUCACUCCAUUCCUGGUUCCCCGGGAUGUGCCCACAAACCCCAGGAGUUGUUCUUGGUUUAAAAUCUAAAAAUAAACCCUGUUC